UAUAAUCCAUUUCCAUUUUAUUACGAGGAGAAAUCGAGGGUUUAAGCGAAGCUGGGUGCCGCCGGCUAAGCCUCAGCCUGGACUGCAAGCAAUCUGAAUGCCAAAUCCAUUGCCGCCAUGCCUUCAACCUUCUCCCGCUACUUUGCCACCAAGUUCAAGUACUCCGUCUCUCUCUAUCGGAAGACAUAUGGACAAGGCCCAAUUUUGACUGCUAAGGGACUGGAUACCAUAUUUAGAAAUGUUUUUAUAGAAAAAUUGACUUUCUUGCACUACAACAAAGGAAAAGAAAUGGCCCCUACAUUAGGGAUGAGCGGCGGAACUCUUCUUGUUCGGAAAAUUCCAGCUGCAGAUCCAACGAAAGUUUAUGUUGGAGAUGUGGUAGUCCUGAAGGACCCUAAGAGCUCAGAUGAUUAUAUUGUCCGAAGGCUGGCUGCCACCGAAGGAUAUGAAAUGGUUUCUAGUGAUGACAAGGAUGAACCUUUUGUCCUUGAGAAGGAUGAAUGUUGGGUAGUAUGUGACAAUGAAGAACUAAAACCUAAGCAGGAAGCCUAUGAUAGCCGAACAUUUGGCCCUGUUAAUAUUACGGACAUAAUUGGUAGAGCCAUAUAUUGCCUAAGAAGUGCAGUGGACCAUGGUCCUGUAUAUAAUAGUGAUUUUAGUGCUGAAGAGGAUGCCUCUGUUUUAGCCAUGGAACUUGAUGUUGAUGAGAUGGCAAGAACUCAUAGAGAAUAACUAAAAAUUGAGGUGCCACCCCAUCAGUUUCUCUGUCCACACCCAUGCCGUCAUCUCCUUUCCCUAGCCCUAAAUUCUCAUAAAAGCAAGGUAAGUUUCUAAAAAUCAACCUUUAACUGAUAUUAGCUUGCAGAACACUCUGCUUGUUGAGGCUAGUUGAUCUCCGAGCAGUACUGAAACAUUGCCUGUUUUUCUUGGAAUAAACUGUGCACGUUUUUUGCGAUUGGUUGAGAUUGAACUAUCUACAAGAGAAAUCUGUUUACAGUUUGAAUUGCAAUUUAAUUUGUCAUUGCUUUGAUGAA